UUGAGGCCGACUUCAUUGUCGUGCAUUUGGAUUACAAAAAUAAAAUAAUGAAAAAAGUAUCAUUUUUUCAAUGAAAAUGGGUGAACUUUCGAUAGAAAUGGAUCAAGUGGAUGUCGGGGAAUUUAAUAAUCCAAGUGAAGCUACUGCUAAUAACGUAGAAAAUGGAGAAAACGCAAUCGCUAGCGAAGAGCUUAUUCACCAAUAUCCAAGUUUAUUUACAAGUAAAACUCUGAUAGAACUAUCUAAUUCUUCGUGGUCGCGUUCUAGACGGGCUAAUGAAGAUGUGCAGCCUUAUUUGCGUGGUUGUAAGUGGUCCCCGGACGGUACUUGUUGCCUUAGCGUGGUGAACAAUGAUGGGGUACAUGUGACUGAGUUAUCGCGGGACCUCUACACCGGCUAUGUCGCCCCUAACCGAAUAAUAGAUGUUAUGGAUUCUGUAAUUCAUGUCAAAGAAUGUGGAUUGAUAUAUGAUUUCUGUUGGUUUCCUUUGAUGAACAGCAGUGUGCCGGAGAGUUGUUGUUGGUUGACAACUAGGCAGAAUGCUCCAGUACAAAUGUGGGAUGCCUACGAUGGCUCCCUGCGAUGUUCGUACAGGGGAUUUGAUGCUGUGGAUCAGAUGGAACCUGCUCUAUCUGUGAUCUUUUCAAAUGAUGGCAGCCAAAUUAUUGCUGGAUAUAAAAAAACUAUUAGGACUUUUGAUGUAGAAAGGCCAGGUAGAGAAUUCGUAGAACAUAAAAUUAAAGCUCCUGCAGCUUGCAUUGAUACAUGCAAUGAUCUGUUAGCCGUUGGUUCCUGGAACACCACUAUUAGCUUAUACAGUGUGAAUACACCAGGCAAUUACAAGAGUAUCGGAGUUAUGCAUGGGCAUGGAGGUGGUGUCACCCAAGUAAAGUUUACACCAGAUGGCAGGUACCUCGUUUCAGGCGCUCGUAAGGAUAACAGAUUACUACUAUGGGACAUCAGAUACUACCGUAGACCACUAAACAUAUUGCCUAGAGUUGUUGAAACUAACCAAAGAGUUUACUUUGAUAUUUCACCUUGUGGCAAGUAUUUAGUCUCUGGUGGCACAGAUGGAGUACUUAAAGUGUGGGACGAGGAUCAAGUGCAUUGGAGAUCUGCCUUGGAAGUCACUGAGCAUAUGGGUGAUACUGCUACUUAUAAGUUCCCUCUCCAUAAAGAUUGCUGCAACAGUAUUUCAAUACACCCACUGCGGCCUAUCCUAGCAACAGGCUCAGGACAGUACCACUUAAGACGUCCAAUGACGUCACCAGAACCGAAGACAAAUAACCAAGACAGUAUCCUACCUAUAAUAAAGAAAGAAAGUUCGAGUGACGAGUCUAUCGCUACCAAACAAUCAAAUAAAAGAAAAAUUGAAGAACGAGAAUCUCCUGAUUUAGAAAUGGAAUAUAAAGAAGAUAGUGAAAAUAGUUUAGUGUUCUGGUGGAUUGGAGAAGUGCCAGAUUUAACAUAGAAUUUAAAAUAUAGUUUCAAUAUUUUGUGUGUUUUCCUAAAGAAGUUAUCUAGUCUUUAAAUAGUUGUAAGUUAUAAAGCGCUGAUGAAAUCGUUCAAAUUUAAUGUUGUUUUAAUUUUACACCUUCAUAGGUACCUAUGUACUAUUACCUGCCUGCUAGAGUAGCGUACACGAGUUACUGGACAUUGCGGCUUCGUUCACAUAUAAGUACCUAUGCAUUUUGUUUUUAAAAAAUCUCGUUAAGCAUUCAAGUUUUGGUUUUUAGAGCUUAUAGAAGCUAUGUAAGAGUCAGGCCGAAAAUCUCAGAUUAAAGUGACACUUAUUCAAAGCACUAUAAAUAGAAGAACGUUGAGAUAUAAAAUAGUAGCAAUCACGUACGGAAACAAUCAUGUCGCGCGUUCUCCCAGACAAUAUUCAAUUUGUACAUACCUAAGAUGUGAACAAAGGGCUCUUUAUUGAUAAUAGCACGUUUAAGUUAACAAGUGACAGGUACCCUUUGAUAUUCAAGCUGGCAACGCCUUUAUUUUUAACGUUACGUACUUGUACACAUAAAUAGUAAAACUUAGUCAUUUUAUUACAAAGCGUGGGCGAAAUAAUCGGAAAUAUGAAACAACUCUUUUCAAAAAGAUAUUAUCAUGUGAUUUAGGGCUGUGUUACAAAUUCCUUUAUGAGUUAUUUGCUCGUUUGCGUGUUCCCAUUGUUGGGCUUAUUGGUUUAGUUAUGCCUAGGGAACGGCAGUUUCAAAGGCUUUUUAAUCAUUUUCGAAGUUUGGUUAUGUUUGUUGUUUUAACAAAUAUUUUGUUUUAAAUGUAAUUUUCUUCACAAUAAAUCCUCUCAACUUCCAAUGGGUGUGAUUAAACUGUCAAACACCAAGCGGUCAUCGGUGACCGCAACCUAUUGUUCUAUAAUUGUGUCUACAAAACCGGUACUCGACGAGUUAAUUUCUUUUUACAAGUCAAUGACUUUUGUAAAUUUGCUGAAAUUAUGACCACAAAUUCUGUGAUUAU